AAACAUGUAUACCUCAGGAACACAUAAAAUCAAUAGAACUCGUCCCAAGAACCACAUCAGCUGGAGACCACGUGGGGUUUGUUUACGUCGUGUUAUGUAUUACCCUAGCAAUAUUUACCGACUUUCCUCCGCCCACGCCUCGCCUCGUGUCCUGCCUGCCUGCGUGCGUGUCUGGGAAGGCGCCCUAUUGCUGCUGUAGGGCGUGGAGGUGUGUAGAGAUGCAAAACUUGGAGGAAAUGACUGGAAAUUUUGGAGUUUUGUAAGCACCACGCCAAGAUGGAUGACGCAAAAAUCCACAAAAAGAGAGGGCCAGCAGGUCAGAGGAGAGGAUUUUGGCAAGGUCAUCAAGGCAAGCCAAGGUCCAGACAUGUGGUGUGUGCUGGCCGGGGUGACAGGAGGGCUCGGGUCAUGAGGGGCUUGGUGCUGAGACGGAAAGCUUCUGACUACGACAAGAAGCGGUCACUGAGAGAGAGGCACUUGUUCAAGAAAAUGAUUCUGUAUGAGACUGACAAAGUGGAUGACUUGAUUGAGGACUUUGGUGCCAUGCUGCAGGUGUCCCCCACCCCUCUCCUCCUGCCUGGCCCCAGCACACGCACAGCAGAGUCACAUUACGCUGGACUGCUGAAGACCCUGAGGGAGCUGAGUGAGGAGAGUGGGUUCAAUGAGCUCAUGCUGGGGUACCUCACACAGGUGAUGGGCAGGCAGGAGGCUCAGCUCACCCUGCAGGCCAUCUCCUUCACCCCUCCUGUCACCUUCCUCAGGACAAACACACUCAAGAUCAGCCCCAAGAAGCUGUGGCAGGAGCUGGUGUUGGGAGGAGUGAGUGCCUGGUUGCCGCGGUGGUCCAGUGUCACCAUGCUGGCCCUGGACAACCCUGCCAGCCCUCGGCCCCUCAUCAGGAAAAUGAUCUUAGAUGGAAAGUGUUCCCAGCAGAAGGAGCGACAGUGGCAGGAACUCAACGUGCCAGUGGGGAGGAGUGCCAAGGGGAGACACGAGCAGCCUAAGGGCAAGGCAACAAGUGUCACAGGUCCAGGCACUGCUGCUCAGAGCCUCACCUUGUUCUAUAGUGCUUGUGGCAGCAUCAGUUCCCUGGUGGUGAUGGUGGUAGCAGCCAAGGCCAGGGAGGAUGUGCUGGAGCUGUGUGCCACCAACUCAGGCAAGACACUGCACAUAGCAGCAAUGCAGAUGAACUCGGGCCGGCUGGUGGCAAACACACUGCACAGGGAGGAGGUGCAGGCAAUGAGGGACACCAACACCCAUCAUGACGUGCAGAACUGUGUGGUCACCUGUAUUGAACCUGCACUCUUAGCCAAGAGUCAGGCUGGGCGGUACCAGAGGGUGUUGGUGGACGCGCCAAGCUCAGGAGUCGGCAUGGUGCGCCCUUUCCCAGGAGUAAGAGUGUGUUGCACCACUGAGGACUUGCACCACAUCUCAGCGCGACAGAGGCUCCUGCUGCUCAAUGGCGCUGACUGUUUGAGGCAAGGCAGGAUGCAGAACUCCUACCUUGUGUACACCACUUGCUCUGUCCUGGCUGAGGAGAAUGAAGAUGUGGUACAACACCUGCUGGAGGCCAGACCUCAGUUUAAGCUGGUGCCCACCGGCCUUGGCAUCGGAGUGCCUGGCCUGACACACUACAAAACACGCAGCUACCAUGAAGACAUGUGGCUGACCAGAAGGCUUUACUGCCACCACCACCACAUGCAGGGCACCUUCAUUGCAAAGUUUGUGCUGGAGAGUAAAGUGAAUGCCCUGAAGACUUCCACAGAUAAGAAGCUGCUGCUCAGACAGACUUCCAGACAACAGGACCACCACACCAGCAGGACAAAGAGGGAGAAGAAAGCCAAGCAAGGCCCUUUGUCAGGGUGCAAGAAAGGCUCACAUGAGUGGUUUAAACAAACAUUCAUUGGUGAGGACGGCGAUGACAACUACAGUGACGAUGACUGAUGCUGACCACUGACCACGCCACAUUACCAGGGAAGACAUUGACAGUAGAUGUAGAGAAAGGGAAGGAUUCUGUUUGCUGGAUGAGGUUUUCACGUUCCUUCUGCCAUGCCCGCCAUUCAUCAGCUCAGAGUGCACGUGUCUUUAGGUCAGAUGGCUGCAUUUAUUUUUUUACACAGGAGAAAGUAUUUUUACCCUCCAUGAUAGUUUGUCACAGAACAAACCAGCACUGAGAUAUGUUUGUGUAUGUGUCUUGUACAUUACUUACAUACAAAGGUUUUAGCUCAGACUAAGGUAGCUUGAAACCAGCUUCACCUUGAUCACAGACACUGGAGCCUCAUCAGUCAAGCCUAUUCACCACACAGGACUUGUGUUGGUUGGAUGCUUUGGCCCUUUGAUGAGAAAGGGGCCAGCAGCAAGUUGAAACUCAUGUAGAGAUCAGUGUAAGUAGUGUGUUCAGCCACUUACAACACACAAAGGCAAGGAGUCUGCAUGUGUGAGAGAAUGUAGCUGCCAUCCAUCACCACCACCAUUCACUGCGCUUAGAUGAGCCAGAGCCACACUCUUAACAUACAUGAUGGUGUGUAGAGAAAUUUUGUCAUUACAGAAGCUUUACUUAGUGAAGGAAGCACAGCAUCACGUUAUACACUGACACUCCCACACUUUUAGUUCUGUAAUGUCCCAGAAAGAACACGACACAUCUCGAGUGAUAUGACCACACAGUGUGAGCGUCUGCUCAACACACCUCACUCUCCACCUGGUGAGCCUCACCAUGUCUGGUUGCACCUUGCCACACCGUAACAUUGCCAUCCUUUUGCCACACCUGCCCUGCUCUGCUGGUCACACCACAUGCAGGACUCUCACCAAAGCCUUAUAAGGCCACACCACCACCACCCACACA